AACCUCAUUUGAAUUUCUUUUCCAAUCGGACAGAAGAGAAGAGAAACGAAGGAGAAACGAAGGAGAAACGUAGAUUUCGAUUUGAUCUCACAGGCGGAACUUGUUCAUUAUUCUGUAAAUUCUCUCUAUCGGAUCGGCGACUGCAUCUCUGCAGAUUGAAAGUUCGUUUUCCUGUAGAAGUUCGUUUAAUUUAUAGUUUCUGAAACCGGAUUAUUGUUUGCGAUCAAUAAUCUCUCUAAAUUGUAGGUACUUAGAACACGAAAAUGUAGAAUCUGAAGCUCUUGUAUGAAGCUUGAGAAUCUGCAAUUUUUGUGUCUGCUCUUAAGGAUUUAGGAUUUUUAGGUAGAAAUUUUAUGGUCUAGGUGUUUCCCUAAUACGUAUUGUGUAAUUUAUUCGGUUUAUGUUAGGUUAUGAUUCAGCUUUCGUUUAAAAAUCUCGUUUAGUAUGUUCCAAUCUAUUUAUUCCGAGCAAGAUCUUGAGAAUCUGUUAUAUGUAGAUUUAAACAGGAUAAAGAACAUGACUUGAUGCGAAAACAAUUUUUCCUCCUUUUUUCCUUUUCGCCUUUCCAAAGAAUCAUUCUUUUUACACCUUUGUGUUAAUAAUUCAGGGGAAAAGGAUGUGGUUGAUGAGCAGUAGGAAUGAAUUUGUUGCUGAUAAUUACAUUGUGUUUGCGUGAUUAAAUUUGUUCACUUGUAUGCUCUCUUUUAUUACAUUAUUUCUGUAUGUUGCUUCUCCCUUCUUCUAUGAGUGAAAUUCUUGUGUUUGUAUAUAUUAUGAGUUUUCAGAUGGAUCUAUUAAGUGCAGAAACUUUGAUGCAUCUUGUAAGGAACAAAUUUGCAAACUCAGUUUAUUGGAGCUCUGUAAUGUGUAGUUUUGGGUCUAUGCUGUAUUAAAUUAUUCGGCAAAGUUGAAAAACCUGGAUGCUCUGGGUAGGGUCUGAUCUACUAGAAUAUAAGUUUUACUGUUAGUUGGGGGAGGGGGAUUUUGUUUCAUCAUUUAGUUGGGGCAUAGUAAAAUCUAUGCAAGCGUUGGUUACACCUUAAAGGUGAAUGAACUAUUAGUGGCAUGAACAGGCUUCUCGAUUGAAUAUCAGGUUUUCAACAUUGUCAGUGACCAUAAUACCGACCCACAGGUUGGUAAUCCCUCCUCUGUGCGGACAAGCUAAUUCGUUUAACUAUGAAAGAUUGUAAUAGCUAUCUAAAUUCUCAUGGAUGCCUAAGUGCUUCAGGAAAUGUUGCCUUUAAUUUCACUAAUCACUAUAAUUUGAUUCAAUAUCUUUGGUACCUAGUCUUUAAGAUGAAUUUAUUUCUCGUUGUAGAAUUUUUGCAGCCUAAAUUCAGUUUCAAAGAACCUCUGCUCGAAAGAGAGAGAGAGAGAGAGAGAGAGAGAGAGAGAGAGAGAGAGGGGGGGGGGGAACUGGAAAAAGACAAUAAGAUCUGAGAAUCAAGACAUUUUAAUGGGAGAACUAUCUAGCGGUACCAAUCUGAAUCAAGCUGCACUGGGGAGGUUUAGUGCUGAUAAAUUGAACCGGAAGCUGAUUAAGAAACUUUCUUAGGAGCACAGUCCCAACAAAGUUUCAUAGAUGGUGUGCUUGGUCAUGGUGCUCCUAAUUUUUCACACCUGAUUUCUUGAAAGAACAUAUUAUGAUCUAGCAAUGAUAUAGGUUCUGCAAGCGUUAAGGCAGAAGUGGAUAAUAGUUUUGUUUCACCAGAACCUGACGAUAAACCCAACCUGAAUCUGAACAAGAUAUGAUAUUAAUGAAUACAGCAGGAUGCAUAGAGUACACCUUCCUCUUUCAUUUUUUAAUAGCUUUCUUUUUACCUUAGAAGUGAACAAUUGGUGUAGGGAACAGAAACUUUUCAUGCAGGUUUAUCCAUCACAAGUUGCAGGCAUUCUGUGGCUAUUCCAUGAGAUCAGGGAGGGUGCUCUGAAGAUUUCUAACUAAUUAAUUAGUUAGGGCUAGUUUUGUAACUUACCCAACUUUCUUUUCUGGGUUUGUUUCAACAUUCCCUGUUGGUGAAUGAAGUGAAAAACAAUUCAAGUCACUCUGAAUUAGAACUCUUCUUAUUAGAGAAAGGAACCCCUAGCGAUGGAUGAUAAUGGAAGUUAAGCGUGCUGGUAAGGUUCAUUGGCCAGCAAAGAUUGUCUGCAGAACUGCGACGUGAGGUAGGCUCAUCCUUGGUAGACGGUUGGACCAAAAUACUUCUCCCAAUCCUUGCACUUAUUUUCCCCACUGUUACUUUUCUUUGGUUCCUCGUAAGGGCUUGAUUCCGUUAUGUAUUGCUUUUACCAGAGGCUCGGGCGAACCCGUUGCUGGUGCACAAAUUUGCUCAGUAUGGUUUCUGGACAGCCUCGAGCAUUCAAGUGAUCAUGAAUUACUUGUGGUUUCUAUUCACCUCUCGAGACUCUGGAGUUCCUCAGCUCUGCACUAGAAAUAUUGUUUUGGGGUUCUUAUUGCUCUGCAUGUUCUGAUGAAUCCUUCUGUUGGAGUUGUGCUGAUUGGAGAUAUUCAACAUUACUUGGAUUGUGUUCUUGCUGAUUUCAAUUGGUCUGCAGCAGUUUGCGAGAAAGCAACGAUAUCUUUCCGUGUUUGACUGGUUUGAUCGGGUGACUAAGUAUGUCUGUCAAGUUGUAGAAUGAUUGUUCUAAAUGCAUUCCUUUGUGCAGGUGUGUGUAGUUUAUUGCCAGCUUCCAGUAUUCCCACUCCCUAGAAACAUUCUGCAUCUGAUGGAUGAAGCUUUGGUUAAACAUCCUAUAUCUCUUGAGCUUCAUGGGCUGGAAACAAUUAAGGAUAACAAACACACGGAAGCAGGUGCUGCUGAUAUAUGUCCUCAGCAAUCCAAUGGAGAAUGCAUUCUCAGAGAAGAGGCGAGAGACGAUGUAAACUGCAAUACAAUAGAAAAAGGAUUUAUGGAAUAUGGAUGUUCACAUUAUCGGCGGAGGUGUCGCAUCAGAGCACCAUGCUGCAAGGAGAUAUUUGAUUGUCGUCAUUGUCACAACGAGUCAAAGAAUAGUAUUAAUGUUGAAAGGACUCACAGACAUGAUCUCCCUCGACACCAAGUGCGACAGGUCAUAUGUUCACUCUGUGGCACUGAACAAGAGGUCCAGCAAUUUUGUGUGAAUUGUAGUGUUUGCAUGGGGAAUUACUUCUGUGAGGAUUGCAAGUUGUUCGAUGAUGAUACAUCGAAGAAACAGUUUCACUGCAAUGGCUGUGGUAUUUGCAGAAUUGGUGGGCGUGAAAAUUUCUUCCAUUGCUAUAAAUGCGGUUGCUGUUACUCAGCUCUGCUAAAGAACAGCCAUCCAUGUGUGGAAGGAGCAAUGCAUCACAACUGUCCUGUUUGUUUUGAGUAUCUAUUCGACUCCAGAAAUGAUGUGAUUGCCUUACCUUGUGGACAUACCAUUCACGAGAACUGCUUUAAGGAAAUGCAGCAGCACUUGCAAUAUGCUUGUCCUCUCUGCUCUAAGUCCGUAUGUGAUAUGUCCAUAGUAUGGGAAAAGCUGGACAUGGAGAUCGCAGCCACACCUAUGCCUGAAUCUUACAACAACAAAAUGGUCUGGAUCUUGUGCAAUGACUGUGGAGCUACUUCACAAGUGCAGUUUCAUGUUGUGGCUCAGAAAUGCCUUAAUUGCAAGUCCUACAACACUCGGCAGACUAAAGAAUCUACAGCAACAACAUCCUCACAGCAGUGACAAUAUACUCAUGAUCAAAGCAGAGUGCAUGUAGAUUUGGGUUCAUUCAACUCCUGUUGACGAGAUCUCACUUUUCUUAGUUAUCUAUUGAAGGAUCAUCCAUCAAGGAGAAAGGGAACAUGAGACUGCAACCCAUCUCCAGUUUCAGUUUCUUUGGCUCAUCGUCAAGUCUGGUGUUCUUUCUUCUCUUUUAUCUUGUAUUUUAUUCUCCAUCGAGAAUUGUAGAGGCUGUCACUGUGCCUCUGGCGGUGGGGGGAUUCAGGGCUACUGUGAUGAUGGAGUUUCGAUACGCCAGAGCACAAUCAUAUCCAGAUCGCUCGACUAAUAAAGUGAUCAAAUCGGGAGUAAAUGGGUGUUUUUUACGAAGACGGCCUCAUUGAUUUUCUGGCUAUAGAUGGUCAGUGACGAUGGUAGCAAAGUACUUCUUGUAUAAAAGACUGCCACUUGCUUCAUGCCAGCCUGUGAUAUGGAAGGACCUGGGGAAACAGCAGUUGCACUUGACAAUAAAGAGUUCUUUGAUAAAACAAGGUGAAGGAUGGUUUUUGUUGCUGAAUGGGUUUUCAAGUCCGGGAUGAGGUCCUUGCACGAGAACCAUUUUCAUGUGGUGUCUGAUCCUUAUAUGGAGUUUAUUCAAUGUGAAAGUCUGCUGUAAGAAGAGAGAGAGUGAGUGGAUUCUAAGGGCACUGUACGAGAAUGGAUGGUUCUCAUAUUAGGACCUGAUCCAAA